GUUCAUUCUUGCCGGUUACCAAACGAAGUAAUACUACUUUAAGUUUCUUCUUUUAAAAUCUCUAUAUCUCCAUUACCUUCACUUUCUUCCAAAAUGGAAAACCCUAUCAAAUCAAUAACCCACAUUUUCUUCACAAUCUCAGCACUAUUAAUCACCUCCGCCGCCCAAGAACUAGCCAUCGGCUUCAAAACGACGCCAAAUCCAUCAGUCACGUCGUUUCAAUCUGUACUAAACGACUCAACAGGCAGUUCCUCACUGGGUUUUCUCCGAGUCAAUCGAACCCAACUCGCCCUUUCAGUUGUCCACCUUCCUUCUCUAGAACCACUUUGGCAGACUAACCCAACGAUCCCCUCAGCUCGAUGGUCAGACAGAACCGAGUUCUUCUUCAAUGGCAGUCUCGUAAUAUCUGAUCCACACUCAGGGACAUUCUGGUCGACUGAAACUCAAGGUGACAGAGUUGUUCUUCUCAACACCUCAAAUUUGCAAAUACUUAAACACCACGUAACGGACUCUUCUCCCUUAGUUUUAUGGCAAAGCUUUGAUUAUCCCACAAAUACCCUCGUGGAGAAUCAGAAUUUAACGUCGAGCAUGGCUCUGGUUUCAUCGAGCGGGAUAUAUUCUCUCCGUUUAGGUGACAUUUUCAUGGCUCUAUACGCUAAAUUCGAUCAUAACUCUGACCAAAUGUAUUGGAGACACGAAGCACUCGAAGGAAGAACAGUGAUCAUUGAAGGAGACGGCCCGUUGCUUGCUCGGGUUGAAUCAGACGGAUACUUAGGUAUGUUUCAAAAUAAAACAGCUCCGGUUGAUAUUCAAUCUUUUAACAGCUUUCACCGGAAUAUUAGCCGGUUUCUUUUUGUCCGGUUAGAGCUCGACGGUAACUUAAAAGGAUAUUUAUGGGAUGGUUCCAACUGGGUAUUGGAUUACCAAGCAAUUACUGAUACUUGCCAAUUGCCUAACCCUUGUGGUUCCUAUAGUUUAUGUAAACCCGGGUCGGGUUGUUCUUGUUUGGACAACCGGACGUAUUCGGGUUCUAGCGGGUGCCUUUCUGUUAAGUCAGACGGUGAUUUUUGUAGUAGUGGAGAACAUGAUGGAGUUGCAAACGACAUGUCGGUUUUGAGAAGGAAAGGGGUUGAGCUGCCGUAUAAAAAACUAAUGAGCUAUAAAACGACGUCGUCUUUAGAAGAAUGUGAGGGUUUCUGCGAAAAUAACUGCAGCUGUUGGGGUGCAGUUUAUAAUAAUGGAUCCGGAUUCUGUUACUUUGUGGAUUACCCGAUCCAAACUUUAUUGGGCGUGGGUGAUGAGAGUAAGUUGGGUUAUUUUAAAGUGUGGGAAGGUACAGGGAAGAAAAAAGAAGGUGUUAUUAUUGGUGUAGGGAUUUUCAGUGGGGCCAUUUUGAUUUUAUUUGGUGCAGUCGGGUUUGGAGUUUAUAAAAUAUGGAAGAGAAGAGAACGAGCCAAAGGAAUAUUUGAGGAGGAAAAUGGUAUAUCAACCGGCCCGUAUAAGAAUCUCGGGUCGGAUAGCUUUAGAUCAAUUGAAAUGGGUAAUAGAUAGUGACGUAAGGCAUGACAUCAUGUUCAAGAGUUUGGUCGGAUAAGAGUUGACUGAUUUUAUCAUUAAAAACAGAAAGAAGAUCAUGGUGACCUUUUGUCACUUUAUAUAGUGAUUGUGGAACGUGGGACCCAGAUUAAGUUAUUGGGAAGUGGGUCCAUUUUGAUUAAAAUUAAGAUUAUUCAAUUAAUAAUAAUAUAUUUUUGUUUAUACUACAAUUUAAUUAAUAUUUAAUAAUAUAGUUUUGUAUAGAUUUGUGCUUCUAGAUAUUGUUCAAUUGUGUCGUUCAACUACAUGUGACAAGUUCUCAAAGUAGGCGAUGACUUUAGUGCCCUUCAAGAGAAAAUCCUGUUUGGAAGGCAAGAAAAUUGAAAAAGAAAAUAUCAUGAAGCCAAGAAAAGUCUCAUUUGUGUCAAUUUUUAUGUAACAUCUUGAAUUUAUACUUUUUAAUUGUUUGAUUCUUUUGCAAUAUAAGAGUACAAAUAAUUUAUGAA